ACUCGAGGGUGCAGAUGACUCGUUGCUCGUAGACGGAGCAAUGUUCACUCUCGAUAAAUAUUUAUUUUAUUUAAUUUCUGUUUACAAAAAUGUCUCCACCUUGCCUUAGCCAGUGUUACCAAACACCAUCAGCGUUGGCGAAUGAAGAAAUUAAAAAGUACCCGGUUAAAAAUAUGGAACUUAAUCGGGUGAGCUUAUUUUUAAUUUUCAUCUCUGGUAUGGUCUUCGCUGUCAUCGGUACAUUACUUUCAAACUACUUUCAACAAGUCUCACUGGGUUACAUAGGUGAUGAUAACCGGCGUGUAUUUGCACCACUCCCAUCAGAAAAUUUUUUAAACUUACACGAUGAAGGAACAUUAAGUCUUUCACUUCGAAAUUCGGAAAUUAGUAAAAUAAAACCAGUCAGUGAUGCAGCAUCUGUAUCAGAGGCCAUAAGCUCCUUACACUUAGCGUUAGAAAUGAAAUUAUCCGGUAAGCAGAGCAAGGCUGUAAAGUUAUUUCAACAUGCUGUUGCCCUAGCCCCUAAGCACCCUGAUGUUUUAAACCACUAUGGAGAAUUUUUGGAACAUACACAGAAAGAUGUGAUCAAGGCUGAUGAGUUUUAUGUCAGAGCUUUAACAUAUCAACCAAAUCAUGAGGGAGCUUUGGCUAAUAGGCAAAGAACAGCUCGAGUCGUUGAUGAACUGGACCAACGGAUGCUUAGGAGAAUAGAUGAAAAGAGAGAUGCAUUAUCGGCAAUACCUGAUAGUAACGCUGCCCUUCGACGAGCCAAAAAAGAAGCAUAUUUUCAACACAUUUAUCACACCGUUGGUAUUGAGGGUAAUACAAUGAACUUGGCUCAAACUAGAGCUAUAGUUGAAACAAGAACUGCAGUGGCUGGUAAAAGUAUUGACGAACAUAAUGAAAUCUUGGGCUUGGAUGCUGCAAUGAAGUAUAUCAAUGCUACCCUUGUAAAUAGAUUAAAUGCUCCUGACUGGAAUGCUUAUAGUACAGCUUGCUGCGGGUCUGACAGUGAACGGCCCUUCAAAACGGUUGGCUCCAUUUCCAUCAAAGAUAUACUAGAAAUUCACAAACGUGUGCUGGGGCACGUAGAUCCUGUAGAGAGUGGACAAUUCAGGAGGACACAAGUGUAUGUUGGGGGGCACGUACCACCAGGUCCAGGGGACAUACAUAUGUUGAUGGAACAAUUUUCUUUGUGGUUGAACAGUGAGCAAGCUGUUCGAAUGCAUCCCGUGAGAUACGCUGCUUUGGCCCAUUACAAGUUGGUUCAUAUUCAUCCAUUCUCUGAUGGAAAUGGCAGAACAUCUAGACUUUUAAUGAACAUGAUUCUAAUGCAGGCUGGCUAUCCGCCGGUUAUAGUUCACAAACAGCAUCGACAUAAAUAUUACGAAUACUUGCAAUUGGCAAAUACCGGAGAUGUACGACCCUUUGUCAGAUUCAUCGGAGAAUGUACAGAACAAACCUUAGAUUUGUUCUUGUGGGCUACUAGCGAAUUUUCUAGGCAAGUCCCUGCAUUAGGGCAAGAUUCUUUACUAUCGGAAAACCAAAACACGAUAUUGCUCAGCGACGAUGGAAGUGGCGAGUAUGACAACGAUUGAAAAAUUUUCAAAGUUAAAUGUAUGCGCAAUUUUAAAUUCGCAUGUGUAUCAACAGUGUGAUGAAUAUUAUUGUGAUUAUUCCGUCAAUCGUACAUACAUACUGGUAGUUUUGUACGAAUUAACUAUGCCAUUUUCAUUACAAAAUAAUUGUUACGGCUAUUUUGGAAUCCAUGUCUGUCAUAAGUAUACUAUCAAAGCAUAAUCGUAUGCCAACCAAAGCAGCCUGCAUAGGUACACAUUAACCUUAUUGUACAUAGGUCAAGUCACUUUUACUACAAGUACAAUUUAAAAAUUGUUGAAUCGUGACUAACGUCACGAAAUGGGACAAUCUGAAUUUGUCAUAUUGUUGAAAAUAAGUAUUGGUUCAAAUACUUCUGUAUAUAGAUCUAAUAGGUAAUUUUGUAAAGUAUUUUUUAAUAUUAAGUUGAUUAAGACUGUGAUGUAAAACUAUUUAUCUAAUGUUAAAUCAGUGAAGUCUAAAAGAGGCACAAAUUAUUGUACAGAUGUAAUAUUUGUUGUUUAAUCCUGAGUAAAUGAGUUGUAAUGACAUCAAUGCAGCGAACACUUGCAGGUCAAGAUGUUUGAAAUUAUC